AUGAAAGUCAAGCUGAAGGAAUGGAAUGCUAUUGCCACUUGGCAUUGGGAUAUCCCUGAGGAUGAAGUCUGUGGUAUCUGUCGUGUUCAGUUCGACGGCACCUGUCCGACCUGCAAAUUCCCCGGUGAUGACUGUUCUCUCCUGCUCGGUAAAUGUGGACAUUCAUUUCAUAUGCAUUGCCUCUUGACCUGGAUUCACCAAGAAACCUCCAAGGGACUAUGUCCGAUGUGUCGUCAAAAAUUCGAAUGGAAGGAGACUGAGGAGACUGAGGAAACUGAGGAAACUGAGGAAGUCGAGGACGAGCAAUGA